AUGGCCGGUGUCUUCUCCUACUCCUGUCGCCGGUCUGAAGGUUCCCUUUUUCUCUCAUUCUUGUUCGUAACCGAUAGAUCUUCGAAUAUUCCUACAGUGUUUGGGGUUCUCCGCAUUUGAAAUUUCUCCGCUUUCUUAGCAUUAUGUACUUAAUCCGCUCGCCGUUUUCGGCUUGUAGUACUUGUCGACAUGGUCACUGGUGCGUUAUUUGCUCAUCACUGCUGUCCUCCCCCCUCCUCCCCUCUAACCAUAGUUUGAUUGUGCCCGUAUCAUAUUUAACAACUGCCUAAGGGCCAAUUGUUUCCCCUAGGAUCUUCUGAGUGCUAAAUUCCUUGUGUUCCGGAUAUUCUAAUAACUUUUAUGUUCUUGAAUAUUCGCUUCUCAGGUGGACCUAUGCGUAGAUUAGUCAGUCCUCGGCGCCAGAGUAGAGGUUCUGGUCAUGCCUUACGGAGGGUAAUGGGUUGCGGCUCAAGUAGAUGUCUUGGUGAUCCCGGGGUCGAGGAGGGUAUUGUACUGCCGGCAUCGGAGCCGAAUGCCAGGGGAGCAGUGCAUGCAAUAAGAUCGGGGAAAGUCAUUGCAGUUCCGACAGACACCAUUUAUGGAUUUGCUUGCGACGCAUGGUAAGAGUUUUUCUUCAGUUCGUGCCAUUUUGACUCGAUAUUACCUGUGAGAAACGCCGAACCGAUUCCCUUCCGUUCUACAUUUCUGACAAUUCUUGUCGAAGAUCCAUUAGAAAACAGGAGUAAAAUAUUCCAGGUGGGGUGUACUGGUCCCGAGACUUGAACGCUGUUUAUACUGUCAGGAGCUUAGGAAACCAGUUUUCUUAGACAUGAGAAAAGCGUUGAACGUGUGCCUGACAUCUUUCAUGGGGAUGACGUUCGCCUUUUGUUCUCUGCUUCUUCAGAUAAUAAUUGCAAACCAAAGAAAAAUACGCCCUCUUAGUCCGAAGGGCAGCCGCCUCUCUGUUCCUUUGUGGGCUUCUUGUUCUCCCCCCUUCAACCGUGGCUUUUCAUCUUCUACCCCAUUAUCUCAAGAGAGCACCCCUUGUUACACUGGGCCACAUCCUGAUUCGGCUUCCCCAAGUCAACUCAGAACUGGCAUGCCCAAUCCCUUUCUUUUUUUUCCUUUUUUUUUUUUUUUUCCUGAGGGGGGGACGGCUGAUACGGGGCAACUGAGCCUGGCGGCAACGAGGGGUUCCUUCCUAAAUACACCUGAGCCUCUCAAUGGCUCGGUGCGACUGAUCUCUGGCUUAUUUCCCUGGGUUGGACGAGCCGCCAUCUGUCUGGCUGUGAGUCCCUUUUUGUUGUUGGUCUUGUUCUGGAGGCGGUGGUGGAUGUUUCGUGAGGUUGCUCCCUUCAAGUUCGUUAUCCUAACCGUCUCCUCUGCUCAUGAAAAUUGGAGCAAUAUGGGAGGAAUCAGGUGGGAGGCAAUUGAGCCAUCACCACACUUGUUGCCCAUAGUUGGCAGACACCUCGUUUUGGGAGAGGGUACAAGGGAGGAAAAAAAUAAACAAAUAAGGGAGAAGGAGAAAUAAUGUCGAUGUCGCUGUUGCCUCAGUCAGAUCUCCUCUCUGAUGCUUGUUUCAGUUCCUUCAGGCACAUGUUUUCAGUGUGAGAAACUGCGGUUUGGUUGACUGAGGAGGUGACACAAUGGUGGUGUGGGCAGGGGUUAUUCGGUGAUGUCUCUCUUACCAUUUGGCCUUGCCUCGGGAGUAAUGCCUUGGAGCAAUUGCUUGAAAUGGGUUAUGCAGCGUGGAAGCCCGUCUCUCAUUUUUUUUCCUUUCUUGUGAUCUAUGUGGUGCAAUCUGGAAUAAAAAAGAUUUGUUCUUACUUAGAGCAUUGCCGCAGCUCUGCAGAAGCGAUCAAGAAAAUCUACGAGAUCAAGGGGCGACAAGAGACGAAGCCUCUGGCCAUUUGCGUUGCCGAUGUGUCGGAGAUUCCACGCUUUGCCUUAACUGAGCAUCUACCGCCCGGACUUCUCGACAGCCUCCUUCCUGGACCCGUCACCGUCGUCCUUCGACGAGGUUUGAUGUGCUUCCCGCCCGUCAGUCGUCUACUUUUCUCCGGAGUUUCCGGUCGUUGCUUCUUGGUCAGAGCCUUCUUCAUCCUGCUGUCGGCGGGCACUAAUAUUUCAAGACGCUCGUACGAACUUUGCAGGCGAAUCUAGCAUCCUCGACAAAUCAUUGAACCCGGGUGUGGACAGCAUUGGCGUUCGAGUCCCAGACUGUGAAUUCAUCAGGUGCGUCGCUCGAGGUUCUGGAUGUGCUCUGGCUCUUACCAGUGCCAACGUUAGCGGGCAGCCGAGCAGCGUCAGCCCCAAAGACUUUGAGCAUCUCUGGCGGCACUGCGCCUUCAUCUAUGACGGCGGCGAGCUUCCAUCUGGGCGCGCCGGGUCGACGGUUGUGGAUCUUACCGCAGCAGGAAAAUAUACGGUCAUAAGGGCCGGGAGGUAAUCAUCCGAAUGUCUGAUUCUGAGAGCUUGUUUUAAUGAGGAGCCCCGCCCGGCUUUCUUUUCGGAGUGAAGAUACAUGGGCUGCCGUGAGCUGAGCCUUCCCUCUCGGCGUUGCUUGCGCAGAGCCUUCCUUCGGUGUCUCAAAUAACUAACUCUAUGGCUCUUGCACUUUUGCUGCAGCGCCAGAGAAGAGACGACCGAAAUUCUCUUGAGGUUCUGCCUGAGGGAAGACUAA